ACACACACACACACACACACACACAUGCAAACACUCACACACAUGCACACAGUUGUUGCCACAGGAGAGAGGGAGGGAGAGACGCGCGGAGAGAGGAGAUCCUCAGCGAAGUGAGAGGAAAGAGAAGAAGGGAACAUAUCAGCCGGAGGAGUGUUUGUGUGUGUUCAGGAGGAAGUCAGCCUGAGAGAGAGGGAGAGCGUAUGGUCCUGUUUAUAUUCCUGAGGAGUGGACUGAACGUCUACUCCUGCGAGAGAGGACACAUGAUGACUGAGAGACUUUGGGAAAUCUAAGGGAAGUUUUUUUUCACUGGGAAUAUUAUCUGGAAUACUUUUUGGAUAAUGUGAGAUGCCCAGGGAAUCCUCACUCUACCCAGAUCUGCUCUUUUUAAAAACUUGCCCUCAUCUCUUUGAAGGAGAGACUCACCAGCCACGAUGCCAACUGAUGAUUACAACUACCUGCCUGAUGUGCUGCCCCCCCUUCCUGAAGUCCCGGACUCCGGCUCUGUCCUGAGCUCCGUCGACAUCCCGGCCCGCUGCCUCCGCAACCCGGCCUUCCGCUACGCCUCCUCGCGCUACUGCUCCGCCCUCAGCAUGGACUCGUCUCCCGACAGCGCCGAGAGGCCGAUCAGCUACAGCUCCACCUCGUCGUCGGCCUCCUCCCGGGACAGUCACUGCUCCCUGGGCAGCCGCUCCACCCUCGUCCCUGCCCCUCACUGUAACCCGGUGGCCUCGGACCGGGACUCCGGGGCCAUUCGGUUGGAGCUGGUCCCGGCUCGGCAGCUGGGAUGCGGGGAGGAAGAGGACAGAAAUGAUAGAGGGAUGGACACAGGGAGGGGGCAAGGGAGACAGGGCAUCGAACAGACUCCGACAGAACAUACCGAGCCAGAGCUGAGUCCUGUGGGAGGUGAGAGGACGGGGCAGGGACCCAGGACAUAUGUGGACCGAGUGGUGCAGGAGAUUCUGGAUACAGAGAGAACAUACGUCCAGGACCUGCGGAGCAUCGUAGAGGACUACCUGGAGUGUAUCAGUAACCAAUCGCGACUGGCCCUGAGCUCCGAGGACAAAGGUUCACUAUUCGGCAACAUCCAGGAUAUCUACCACUUCAACAGGGACCUUCUUCACGAUCUGGAGAAGUGUAACGCCGACCCAGUGGCCAUCGCAGAGUGCUUCGUAUCCAAGAGUGAAGAAUUCCACAUUUACACCCAGUACUGCACCAACUAUCCACGGUCGGUGGCGGUGCUCACCGAGUGCAUGAGGAACAAGGCGUUGGCCAAGUUUCUCCGCGAGCGCCAGGAAUCUCUGCGGCACUCCUUGCCCCUGGGCUCCUACCUGCUCAAGCCAGUGCAGAGGAUCCUCAAGUACCACCUACUGCUGCACGAGAUAGCCAACCACAUGGAGAAGGACACAGAGACCUACGAGGUUGUGCAGGAAGCCAUUGACACCAUGCAGCGAGUGGCCUGGCACAUCAACGACAUGAAGAGGAAGCACGAGCACGCCGUCAGGUUGCAGGAAAUCCAGAGCCAGCUGACCAACUGGAAGGGCCCCGAUCUGAUCGGCUACGGAGAGCUGGUUCUCGAAGGAACGUUUCGUCUGCAGCGAGCCAAGAACGAGAGAACGCUCUUCCUGUUCGACAAGCUGCUGCUGAUCACCAAGAAGCGAGAAGAAAGCUUCACGUACAAGGCUCACAUCCUGUGUUGCAACCUGAUGCUGGUGGAAAUCAUUCCAAAAGAACCACUGAGCUUCAGUGUGUUCCACUACAAGAAUCCCAAACUGCAGCAUACAGUCCAGGCCAGAUCUCAACAAGACAAGCGCAUGUGGAUCUUACACCUGAAGAGACUCAUACUUGAAAACCAUCCUGCCAAAAUCCCUGCGAAGGCCAAGCAAGCCAUUUUGGAAAUGGAUGCAAUGCAUCAUCCCGGGUUUCAUUACAGCCCUGACGGUGACAAGAAGGAUUCCCCUCAAACCAAGGAGGGUCCCACUCCCCGAAGAGGACGCAGGAAAGAACCUCUGUCCAAAUUACUGAAGAAUGCCAAGCAGAACGCUGCAAACACAGACGGUGAAAAGAGAACCAGUCUGGGUGCCACCCUGCUCUCCCCGGUGUCCCAGCUGGCUCUGGGCACAAUCGGUCGCAGCCGCAGCCUCAUCAACCAAUCGCAAGAAUCCCUGGAUCCCGGCGAUCACUACGACCACAGUGACCGAGAGGAAGGGGAGGAGCCACAUCCGCAGGACGCUGACGACGAGGACGACAGUGGCCUGGGAGGUGGAAAGAGGCUGAGAGUCCCCGGCAAAAGCAGCAAGAAGAGGCUGAACCCUCAGGCAUCUGUCGACAGUAUAGAACAGUGGAAAACCUUCAACAUGAGCCCUACAGACUUACAGAGAGCAAGAGAAUCACUGGUGAGGGAGGGGAGUCACCACCCACCUCUCCUCAGGACGCCCCGGGUCACAGAGGAACCCCCGGACUCCCCCGUUCCCUCUGUCGUGGUCACAGAAAGUGAUAACUCAGUGAGGAACAUCUGGGCCGACCAUCGAGCUCGCCGGGCCAUGUUCCCCACCCGCCAGAGAACCAUGCAGCCUGAUGACGAGGAUGAGGACAUUUACCAGAUGUUUGUUCCCACCGAGCCCAGUGCACCAGAACCGGAGGCGCCCUCGGAGAGGACCGACGCCACCUCGUCGCCCAGGACAGCUCGUCCCUGCAGCUGGCACGUCGAGCAGGUGCCCGCGGUCCACGUCGACCCUCCGCCCAAUGGGAGCAGAGUCCUGCGGAGGGCCAGCAGCGCGGGGGAGAAGGCUACGGAAGCCCGACCGAGCCCUGAUGACGACCAGGCCGGUCACAGCAACCUGGACGUAAUCCACACUGAAUCUUCAAGCAAUGAUAUCUCUGGAUCAUCCUCAGCCGAGCAGCUGACAAUAGACGAUAUUGAAAAUGUCUAUGACAACAUCAGCUACGAGGAUCUGAAGAGCAUGGGCCUGGUCAGGAGAGACCCAGAGGAAAGUCAGUCAUGGAAGGAGACGUCCACAGGUGCAAAGAGUCCCCAGGGCCCGGCUGCGAGGCCAGUAAGUGACGUUUCAGGGAUCACAGCGCCUGUGAUUGAACCAGACAGUUCUUCAGAGAGCAACCGGUCCUCCAUGCAGGAGGGGAGGCCGUCAGGGACAUGUGAGCUCAAGAUAGUGGAGGAGAACAUCUACGACACCAUCUGUUUCAGGGAACCGCCGUCAUCUGAGCUAAGGGGAAUGAAGGAAGGCACUAAACUCCAACAGGAGAGGGACAGUCUGCUGGCCUCUGAACAGGACCUGACGGAAAGUCUCAGAGGGUUUGUGUCCGAGGAGAGCCUCCACUUUGGAGAGGAUGAAGGACCAGACGCCCCCCAUCCUGUACCGGGUUCAUCCGAGCCAGAUUAUUCCUCCUCGUCUGCGUCGGAGACCUUCUCCCAGCGCUCACAGAAAGGGGAUAAGAUGUCCGAGCGGGUCGACGAGAUCUGGAACGACUUAGAGAACUACAUCAAGAACAAUGAAAAGAAGGCUGAUCGGCUUCCUGCUGCCUUCCCAGUUAGCUCCAGCGAAUCUCCCACUAAAGCUCCGUCAGUGAAAAGCAGCCCGAAAAAGAAGCACCCUGUAAUUAGUGUCCAGGCAGCCAGCCCACCAACCAAGAGUCCCCCCACACAUCAGUCUAAACCCCCACCCAUCACCUCCACACCAUCAUUCACCAUUCCAGUCAUCAACCUCCCCGAUCUUCAAAGUGAAGCUACAACCGAGGAAAAACACCACAGCCCUGGUCCCGACCCCUUCCCUGUGACCCCAGAGCCCCCCCCAGGCUCGGUGAAGAGCAUCCGUAACCGACUGGCUCGCCUCAGCAGCGGCAGCUUCCGCCUGGAGGACGACGACCUGGUGGAGCUCCCUCAGCGCAGCGCUCCUCAGAGGGAGAACCCUCUCAAGGACCUCCACAGUUUGUUCCCAGGGGAGCUGACGGGUCUGGACCACCCCCUGGCCUCCUCCUCGCUCCUGCUGGGCGAGUCCGUUGACUCCGCCCAGGAAUCAAAGAACAAGGUGUUCCUGAUGGCGCGGCAGUACAGCCAGAAGAUCAAGAAGGCCAAUCAGCUGCUGCGCAUGAGGAGCAUGGACCCUGGAGACGCCUGUGGUCGGUCCAGAGCUGAGAAGAAGCAGAAGGACCUGGCAGCAAUAUUAGAGGAGAAGAAACAAGGGGGCGCAGCCAUAGGUGCAAGGAUAGCAGAGUACUCGCAGCUCUACGACCAGGUAAUGUUCAAGGAUCCUCCAAGUCCUUCUGGACAGACCUCCACUCACCACCCCCAUCCAGGGCUGUCGUCCUCCCCAUCCAUGCCCGAGACCUCCCUGGAGUCCGACUGGCUCCACUCCACAUACAGCAACGGAGAGCUGGCCAGCUUUGUCUCCUCGGAGGGCGAGGUGGGGGACGCUCGAGCCUCUUCCACCCCACAGCGCAGACUGACCUCCGCCUGCUCCAUCCCCUCACUCAAGACUCUCCCUCCCACACCAACCACCCCACCUUCCCAGAGGUGGAGUUCGUGCAUGUCGCCACCGAGCGAGAAGGAGGAGCACGUGUACAGUUCCAUUAAGAGACAUCCGUCCUUUAAUGCACCGUCUUUACCCUCUUCGAAGCCUUCCUCACCUGCUCACUGUCAGUCGGCCUGCUCGCUCAGUAGCCAGGAGCAGGAGAAGAACGACCAGUCUGGACUCGUAUGUAACAGACCCACUGUGGCUCGAUCCACAGACCGACUCCAUGGCCCGAGUCUGGGCCGGGCUGGCCGCCAGAGCAGCCUCCCAGAGUGGUCCACCCAGGGCCAGUCGGACCUCACCUUACAUGACGGCCAGCAGGUGGUCGUCUUGAACCGGGCGUCCGCGCUGAGCAUACUCACCGCCACCCAGAACUACCUGGAGAACUUCAAGGACAAUGGGGAAGACGACGACGACUACGUGGAGAUCCGCUCGGAGGACGAGGGCGAGCAGGAGCACGGCAGCUCGGCCGCUCUCUCCAAUCAGAGUCGUGGCCUGGCGCAGUCCCAGAGUCUGCCGUGCACGCCGGUGCGCUCCUGCGACCUGCUGAGGUCUCUGGACCGUGAGCAGCUGGAGAAAUACCUGUGGAGCGAGCCGCAGCAGAACCAACCCAACAUCGUGCAGUCCCUGAGGGAGAAGUUCCGCUGUCUGAGCUCCAGUAGUUUUGCCUGAAGCUACAAACUUACUAAAGCCAAAUCUAUAUAUCAACAUACAGCAUAUAGAAACAAAAAAGGGGGCGCUGCUGCUUUGCAUUGAAGGCCCUGUGUAAUCUAACAUCAUAGUCACAAACAAAUACACUUUAAAAAACAAAUGUCUAGAUAAGAAGCGAUUUUAUCCAUGUUUGUACCAAACAUCUGUGAAUACCUAUACUCAUACAGGGCUUCAAAGUAAAAGACAUCAUUAAGGCCACAUCAGAGCAUGCAUGAGAGCCGCCUUAGCACUUCCACCUUAAAACAGUCGUCUCCUGUAUGUUUCAAAGAGCAGUGAUCUGGUGGGGAUGAGUUAUAAAGACACAACCAAGGGAUUGUACAGGCAUUCAGUACAACUGGACGGGUUCUUACUGUUUUUAGAGACUCUUAGAGGAAACUGGAGUCAUAUUCUGCAGGAAAAAACUGUUGUACAGAUACAGGAAGUCAGGACAUCUGUUUCCACACGUAGAAGACUGGAUCUUUACUGCGCCCAACAUCUCAAAAGGAGUAGAAGCAUCAGAAAUUAGUUUUCUGCGGAUAUUUGACUCCCCGCGUGAGGAGUCCCUUGUCAAUUUACUCUUAAGUUUAUUUUAACUGCCUUUACUAGUUCGACAUCUAGAGGAGAGAUGGAUCUCGGCAGCGUCUAGUGUUUAAUUGGAACGUGGUUACACUACCAGACGGUUCCGAACAAGCUGCUUUACAUUUGCUCCUCGGGCUAGUUUGUCACGUUUAACAGCUUUUUAGCAACAAAUCGAUGCAGCUGUAAAGAAAACCCAUUGGCUAUCACAAGAUCCAAUAAGUUAAGUAUAACUAGCCUUAGAUCAAUAAGUCUAUUUGAGCUCAUUUCACUCUACCUACCUGUGUCAUCAAUAGGGUAUCGUGCUUUAAAAUCAGGAGAUGUCGAUAUUUUAGAUCAGCGAUAAGAAAUCGUAGGACUCCAUAUUUAUUCUGAACAAAACUCAUAGAUGUUUUUAUGUUUAAUCGUCACUGGGGGGCGUCAUCAUGUCUCAACAUAUGGUUGAUGUUUGUUUUUAUAAAUCAUGCUUAUUUUCACAUUUAUUUUCAGGCAGGACCACGAAGGAGAACAUUAUAAGGGUGUUUGUUCAAGAAUAAAGAACUACAGUACUGUAUUGGGUGUAUCUUUUUCAAAUGGGUAGUCAACUCUUUGUUUACGCUAGGGGGCACCCCCUACUGUCACACUACUGAUACUGCAGCCACUCAGUGAGCUAGUCGGCAGCCGGGUUCACGCAACACAAUCGUUUUCUCUCCCCUCAAAAAUGUUUCUUCUUCACAAAUGUCACUCAAUGUGGCCCGUUUCAUUUUGAAAGCAUCACGAUGUCACCGCCCUUUACCACAAUUACUUCAAACCACAGAAAAGUUGUAAAUUAAAGUGAAAUAUAUUUAUUAUAAAAGACAGUUUUAUGGUCAUUUAUGGGCACUCACAAAAUUAGAAUCGGAUACUGUGAAUAUUUUCAGAAAUGGAUAUUUAACUUUCUACCACGCACUGCUUAAUUACAAGUUCAAAAUCCCCCACACACACACACACACACACAAUUCCCGUGGAAAGUUACUGUUCAUAUCAGGAAAAGUGCAGCAAACAGGUUAGGAAUAUGAAGAAUGAUUUUAGUUUUUUCUCUCUUUUUGUACAUUUUUGUCCUCUGUCACUGGUGGGGAUGGUCAGUUGUCAUUGACUCUUUUUUGCACUUUUCUGUCUUUUUUUAUUUGUUUUAUUUGUAAACACUUUGUAAAGAUGUACAUUUUAGGAAAGUUAUUCUUGUAUGGCAUAGGUAUGCUUUAUAAUGCUUUAAUGUUUAAGUUAAAUGUACUGUAUUUUUUUAACUGCCUAGUUGUCAUUGCUCAACACAACAAUGUAUUGGAGGUAAUAAACUCAAAUUAAACGUA